AUGUCUCAUAUGUACCCACACUCACCCACCUGGGACUUACAGAAUUUGCAGCUCACUCCUGUAUCUACAGAUACUCCUUUCAAACAAGGCAGUUUCACCAAGGUCCCCUGUACUACCAAUGCACGUUACCAGAACUUCACAGUCAAUGCCAUGGGCAAGGAAAUGAAAAAUCAUUGCAUUGGCCUGAUGCCAGUCUGGGAAUUUCUCAAGGAGUUCCUGCCGACUUCAGAAAUACCAGGCCUUCUCCCUAUAAACUUCAAGAGUAGCACAUUUGAUAACACAGUUCAUGUUAAAGAUGAGGUGCAGCCUUAUGAACCAUUUAUUGACACCAUGAAAUAUUUUGCCUCCACUCUAUUGUUCAUUGAGACUUUCAACCAUCCAGACAUGAAACUUGCUAGGUCAUUUUCAUUCACCAUCAAACUGGAUAUCAGCAUAUAUGCUGAUGGAAUAUCGCAUGGCUGUGAUGUUUCUACUGCAGCACUCAUCAUCAAAUUGAAGUAG